GAAGAUAGGGAGAAGCAGAUGUGGUUGAGGUCAUCGAGUUCGAAUCCUUUCUUUGGAUGUAGAUGCUUCGAUCGAAGAUAGGGAGAAGCAGAUGUGGUUGAGGUCAUCAGCUUGGAAUCCUUUCAGGUAAGCGAGUAUGGGGUGCUGGGCUUGUCAGCUGAGGAGUGUGUGAACAAAUUCUGGGUUUAAUUUCCGUGUUCUUUUCUCUGAUUUUGAUUUUCAAUCUCAAAGCUUGCGAGUUUAUUAUUUCAAAGUUUUGAAUCGGGAAAUUUGGGUUUCGGUUAGAAUCAGAAGAAUUUUUGUUUUGAGGCUAGGGAGGCUUUAGAGACUGGAAUUUGGCUUGAAAUGGUGGUGGUUGUGGCGUUGCCGGUGACGGUGGAAGUGUGGCACCGCCGCUGGAAAUUGAGAAAGACAUCUGUAAUGGUCAAACGAGAUUUUCUUCCUCUCUCAUGUCUGAAAAAUGACCCUACCAUUCCUCAACCAAAACUACUGAACCCCGUAUUAGUGGGAAUUUUCUUGCAAUGUCACUUUUUUUCAUUUUAGCAAUAUUGGAAACUGGAAGCUUUCAAGCUCUCUCUGAAGAAGUUUUAAUUUUGAAGGUUUGGACAAUUCUCCACAAUGCCUUUAAAUUUAGGUUCAUUAGUGUCUAGUUUAACUCUUUUUUCUUUAGGUGUUGUUUCAGGUAUAGCACAGAUAAUAGGUCUGUUUUUUAUUCCAGAAUCCCCUAGAUGGCUGGUGAGUUAUUCUGUAAUCCUGAUCAAUAUGUUGUUCUCUUUCCUCUGAUGCUUUUAAAGACAGAAAAAUUUUUAGCCAAAUAUUAAAAUGAACUGCACUUUAUUUUUUAUUUUUCAAGUUAGUGCUACAAAGAAAAAUCAAAAUGCUCUAAGAUUACCCGCUUGGUGGCAGGCAAAAGUUGGUAGGGAUAAAUAGUUUGAAACUUCUCUGCAGCAUCUAAGAGGAGAGGACGCGGAUAUAUCUGGGGAAGCAGCAGAUAUCAGAGAUUAUAUUGAAACUUCUCGGCAAGAAACAGAAGCUAGAUUUCUGGAGCUAUUUCAAAGGAGAUUUCACUCUUUGUGAGCUUGAUAAUAACCAACUGAUCCAUUAAUAAUUCUUGGGGAUUAAUGUUGGAAUUCGUUCAGGUUGGGGUUGUACUAAUGGCAUUGCAACAAUUAGAAGGCAUAAGUGGAUUGGCAUAUUAUUCUAGCAGCAUAUAUGAAGAAGCCGGUAAAUUUUAGGCCCUUAGCAUUGCAUUCUAUGGUAUAUAUAUAAUACACUAUUCAACUCUUUACUUUUCUGUAAAACAAUGAUUUACAAUAUUAAGAGUUGCGAUAGGAUUCUCAAGUAGCAUCGGAUUGAAAGUUGUACCUCUGCCUUAGCUGCAGAAUUAUGGG